AUGGCUUCCUUUGGUAAUAGAGGCGGGGCUUCGUCGCCUUCGCCUGCCAUUGAUUCCCGACAUGAUCCUUUCGUAGUAGCGGCAUCACCUCCAAGUGCGAGUCGUCACCGAUUGUCCACUAACGACUCUCAACUUUUUUCGCUAAGUCCCAAUGCUUCGCCGACGCAGGCGAAGCGUGCAUUGGAGGCUCAUCUAGCCGAGACGGAUCGAAGAAUGGAAGAAGCUGGGAAACUAGGCACAGCUUUGCUGCAACAGCGUAAGGAGCUAAGUCAAAGAUUAAUGGAAGUUGAGAAGCAGCAGGCUGAAGGAGAACUUUCCGAUGAUCUGCGACAAAGACUGGCUGAGAUUGAAAAGGAUUAUAAUGAUGUCGCCAGGGAAAGCGCACGUGCAUUUUUACCAAAGCAGAGGAUCCCUAGUAAUGAAGCCGCUGCUGGAUCGCCAUUCGCGCCGGAAAGCAAAGGAGGCAGACGUUCUGUGAGCCCUUCCAAUGUUCCCAACCGAAAAUUUGCGGCGGAAAUCAGCACAUCUCUAAUUGCUCAGGAAGAAGAGUUGAAGGAGAUCAGAGGUUUCCAACAGCGAGAUGAGAACUGGAGUCUCGAGACUCAGGCCGAGGAUCGGUACAAAAAGUUGCAGCAGACCCUAACUGUUCUUCAAGCCGAGAAGAAUUCCACCCAAAAGGAAUUGGAUGAGGUCAAACUGAAUCACUCAAGACUUAGCGAGGAGUAUGCUGCGGCAGUCAAGCAUCACGACAUAGAACUUGGUUCUGCAAAACGAAAUAUAGUCAUCGCCGACACCGAACGAGUGGCCCUACGCAGGAAGAUAGAUGAAUUGACCGGACAGAAUCAAGAGCUCGCCAAAGCAGUGUCCGCUUCACAGAGAGCGAGAGUGAUCGAGCGCGAAUCAGUGCUUGGUAUGAACCAAGAAGAUUCCGAAUCCGCGCAGGACAAGACGACGCCGGAACACUCACCUCCUCCUUCGCCCGUGAAAGGAACACCGCGACACUCUUUGUUAGAGUCAGAAACGCUCAAGACAUCUUUAGGCCAUGCUCAUCGCACAAUUCAGGGACUAAGGAGCAAUGUGCAUAGGGAGAAGACUGAAAAACUUGAACUCAGGCGCAUGCUACAAGAAGCUCGCGAUGAACUGGAGAAAUUACGAAACGAGCCCCCGCCGCCACCUAAGCGCAUACGUAAAGCCGAGGUGAAAGAACAAAGAAAGCCGUUGCGACUACUGGGAGGUCUGCGUACUGUUCGAAGCGAGGUUUUUUCUGAAGACUCGAAUUGGGAGGAUCAGCCCGAUUCUACAAGCCCAGCUACUUCGACACUAGCUUCGCGAUCCAGUAAGUUUGAAUCCGUAGCGGAAGAGCCAUAUGAGGUGUUUGAAACGGCCAACGAGACAAGCGACGCUGCGUUCGAAACCGCGAAUGAGCCGGCGACUGAGACGGACGAUUUCCACACGGGUGCCGAAGAAUUUUCGAGCGACGAUGAUGCCGAGACUGAAACCGAAAGCCCUUCGAGGCGCCGUACGCCUAGAAAUAGCAUAUCUGGCUUCCAGGGUCGUCCACGGAGUGGGUCUAUGCAUAGUACAGCCUCAACCGAGGAUGAAGAUUUUCCCUUUGGCUACGAUGCGGGAGCGCCUGUCACCUUACCGCCCUUACAGGCCAAAUUCCCCCUCCGAGUUAGUCGCGGUGCUUACCGUCGUUCGAGACAGCCUAGUGAGGAGCCCGCUUUCCUCAGCAGUCCCCAAAGUAUUGCAAGCAGCAGUGUAGCAGGCACUCCUCAGCAACCUAUCAAAAAUCUGGCUGCUGAACUGGGCGAGUUCGACGGCAGUGACAAUGAAUCGUAUCUAUCUGCAACUCCUAGCAGGAGGUCCAUUAGGGGCCGGACCGUAUCGCCUCCACCACCGGUUCCUUCUCUGCCGAGGGCUAUCAUGGUGGAUUGUAGUACGAUGACAGAUGAGCUGCCAGACACGCAUACUCAUGCCGCCGAUUUAGCAGCUCUUCAAGCCGAACAUGAAAAGGCUCUCAAGGAAAUCAGCGAUGAAAAGGCAUUUGCGUACGCAACGGCUUUGGAUGAGCUGAAGAGCAAGCAUGAAGAGCAACUGAGCAAGAUGCAGCAUGAAGAACUCGAGGCUUUAAGGUCAAGUCAUGCGGAUGAGCUGGCGAAGACUCUUGCUGAUGCCCAGAGUACCUACGCUAAAGAGCUUGAGGCGCUAAAGUCUAAUCAUGCCAAGGAGAUUAACGAGGCUAUUGCUGAGACGAAUGCGGCUCACUCUCGAGAACUGGAAGCUCUCAAGUCCAGUCAUGUUGACGAGAUAAAACUCGAGUCUUCUAAGACCAAAGCUCUUGAAGAUCUUGCCGCUACUCAUUCGCAGCAGUUGGAGAACCUUCGCCAGGGUCACCUCGACCAAUUGGCAGCGUUGAAUUCUCAGCACGAGUCCGCUAAGGCCAAGCUCGAAGAAGAACUUGCUGGCGCACAUUCAGAGGAACUUGUCGAGCUUCGUCGAAACCUUGAAUCAUCUAAGGCUUCCGAAAUAGCCGCGCUAAGUGACAGUCACGCAAAGGCCUUAGACAUACUCAAGAUAGAGCAUGAAACAGCGGAGUCCCAAAAACUACAGGAGCUGACCGAUGUCCACUCUCAAAUGUUAGAAAAUGUCAAGACUGAGCGUGAUGCGACUGAGGCACGGAAGUUGCAAGAAUUGACAAACGCUCAUUUGCAUGAAUUGGAAAAUCUUCGUCAGACCAGUGAUCAUGCGAAGUCCGAAGCAUUGUCAGCCUUAGCGGCAACUCACGCAGAUGAGAUGGAAAGACUCAAGGAGGUUCAUGAACUCGAAGCUUUACGAAUUUCUCUCCAAACCACACCUCCUAGCCUGGGUUUCUCCACAAUCAACUCAACCGAAACCGAACCGGUUGAAAUAUCCGAACUCAGAAGCCCUAAACGCGACGCGUUUAUCAUUCCCCAUGAAGAUCGCUCGGCACAUACAUCAUCUGAUACUGGACUCGGACUGCUUGGGCGCAGAGAAGACGAUACUCGUCAGUCUCCAAGUGCCACACCUGCUCCCGAGACGCCAGAAUCAAAGAGACCGUUUAAAGAGUUAUCUGCCAACACAAACGUUCGUCCUUCGCAGAAGCCAGCAUUCCAUACUUCCAACCAAGGUUGUCAGACUACUCUGACUUCAGACGGGCUCGAUCAAUUACUGAAGCAGCAAGGCUACGUAUCUCCCGACUCGUUCACAAUCACCACUUCUCGAGGUGAGGUUAUCGUAACACCCUUCGAUGAAGCAGAGGCAAGGCAGAGAGUUGGUGAUUCUGGCGUUAUUUCCGCCACAGACCCAGUGGCCGCGCGGCAAAUAGACAGUCCAGCCAGUGCUCAAGCUUCUGCUUCACCUAGGUUACCUUUACCUCUUAAUCAUCGAGAAGCAAUCGAAGCCGCACGUACCCACUCAUCCAGCGGUGGUAAGGGGCCAAUGGGACCUCCAGCACUCCCUGCAUCCGCAUACAAUAAUUCAGGCUCGAGACCGGAAACACCAAGUAGCAGACGUCCAUUGUCCCCAAGCUCCAUUGUCAAAGGCACACCAACACCCAAAGCGGGCCGAAGUUCAACCCCAGGUUACGCAGAUGUCCACUCCGUGCCAAGGAUGCUCCUUCGCAGCAGGCAGUCAUCCGUGUCGUCCUUUGCAUCCGAGAUCGAUACAAGAUUCAAUAUCCGUGGUGAAAUGGGUAUGGAUCCUUCGGCUUUUGGUCCUAGUACCGAUCCUCGCAUGAUCCAAGCCAUCACACAGACCAUGAUCGGUGAGUAUCUUUGGAAGUACACGCGCAAGACUGGUCGCGGAGAAAUGUCCGAGAACAGACAUAGGCGAUAUUUCUGGGUACAUCCCUACACUAGGACAUUAUACUGGAGUGAUCGUGACCCGGCUACCGGCGGCCGAACCGAAUUAAAGGCAAAGAGUAUUCCAAUCGAGGCUGUACGCAUAGUCGGUGAUGACAACCCAAUGCCGCCCGGGCUUCACAGAAAGAGUCUAAUUAUCGUUUCUCCCGGCCGGACGGUAAAGUUCACAUGCACUACUGGUCAGCGACAUGAGACUUGGUUCAAUGCACUGUCGUACCUCCUACUUCGGACAGGUGAUGAAAGUCAGGCGGAUGCCGAAGACGUGGCCGGCCAAAUCACGCAAGAAGAUGUUGACGAGUUCAAUCCUUCAAUUAAUCGACGACCAGCUAACGGCAACCGCCCGCGACCUCCUCCAUCCUUGUCUUCAUACAAUUCAGGGGCUACACGUGCUGGUUCACCACGGGUGGAAGUGUCUAUGAGUAUCCCGACACUUACUCCCACACGUGAGAGAGAAGCCUCUCGAAGUGGGACUCUAGGAAGAUUGAGCGGGUAUUGGAAAUCUAGUUCGAUAAAUAGCACGUUUAGUAGCCUGAGAAGCAAAACCCAUAUCCCUCAAGAGGGCGCUAUAUAUGAAGCAAGCGAGGUCCCCGACAGCGCUGAGGAUCUAAGGCAAAUAAUCGAGGAACAGGACCGAGCGUCUGACAGGCUCGAGAAUGUCAGGGCUUGCUGUGAUGGUAAGUUUAACGAAGGAAACAUGAUGUUGGAACCUUGGCACACACCAAGCGUGGACGCAUCCAUACCUCGCAUUCACAAACCCAUUCACACACACACCCUGGGCCGUCAACGACACCGACACCUGGGAGUACCUCUUCGAUCACUCAAUAUAGCAUUUUGCACCGUCUCAUUCCGUUUUCCUCGCUACGAAGACCAGUCAUGGAUUUUCACGACGCUUACGACUUGCAUUUUCCUUUCCGCAUCCUCUAAUUCGCAUCCAUUCACAGAGCUCUAUGCCGCACCGACCCACCGUGGUCGGGGCUACGAUUGCAUUCCACUGCGUUAA